AGCCAUUUCCUGUCACUGAAAUUCAACAAGCAUAUCUACUCGGUCGUAGUGGCUAUAUAGAACUCGGCCAAGUGUCUGUUUACAGCUAUAGUGAAUAUGAUUGUCAAUUGUUAGACAUUUCACGUUUUGAACAGACAUUUAAUUUUUUAAUCAAACGUCAUGAAGCAUUGCGAAUUAUUUUUCCUAAUGAUACACAACAACAGAUUUUAGAACAAGUGCCUUAUUACACAAUCAAGAUUGAAAAGUUAAACGACCAGCCUAAAACGACAAUAACGAACCUAUUAGAAUUUAAAAGAACAUUGUUAUCUCAUCAAGUUUUACCGCCUGCACAAUGGCCAUUGUUUGAUAUUCAGAUUACUCAAUGGGAUUCACAAUUACGACUACACAUUGGAAUCGAUGCUCUUAUUUUGGAUUUGUGGAGUUUUAAUAUUUUGUGGCGUGAAUUAGCACAAGUCUAUUACCAACAUGACCCAUGUUUAUCUUUCUUGAAUCUUUCUUUCCGUGAUUAUAUUCUUUCUGAACGUUAUAUACGCGAAAUGCCAGUGUACUUAGAAGAUGCAAAUUACUGGAAUGCUCGCGCAUCUCAGUUUCCGUUGGGUCCUACAUUACCGUUGCAGUGUUCACCGCAUGAACUGAAAGCACACCGAUUUCUUCGACUCAGACAAAAUUUAGAUCAUAAAUUAUGGCAACAAUUGCGACAAUUUGUUCAUGAUUAUCAAUUAUCUCCCACAGGUUUAUUGGCAACUGUUUAUGCUGAAGUGCUAGCUCAAUGGAGUGAAAACAGACAUUUUGCAAUUAAUUUAACAUUGUUUAAUCGACUGGCAAUACAUCCACAAAUCAAUGAAAUUAUGGGAGAUUUUACUUCAUUAAUUCCUUUAGAAGUGGAUUUGAGGGAAUCAAUGAGCUUUCAUCAGCGUGCUCAUCACAUACAAACACAAUUAUGGCGAGAUCUAGAACAUGCAUCUUAUAGUGGUGUUACCUUCCUACGUGAAUUAAUGCGAUAUCAUAAAACUCGACAACUGAUUUUACCGGUGGUGUUUAC